AAUCGGCCCGCACGGCUCUAAAAUAAUGUUCCAUGUCGAAGAGGAAAUUCUCCAAAUCCUUUGCGUCUCUGGCCCCGUUAUAGGGCCUCGGCUCGGGUACUUUAGCUCAGCCAUACUCCAUACCUAUCGGCCCUAUUGCAGGGGCAUUCUGAACCUCUCGCAUGGUCAGGUUUACCUUGGCAGUUAGCUCAGCCAUUUCUUCUCUGAGCACGCCAACUGCCUCCCUGCAGUCUUCCGUAGUGUCAUUUAUGGAAACUUCUUGUUCCUUCAGCAUGCGCUCCACUUCCGCGAUGCGCUCUUCCCACCGAGGGGAAACAGAAGUACUUGUUGGAGUGUUUCUUUUCUCCAACACAAUAAUUCUGGAUAGGAGAACAUCAUUUUCCUUUUCCAGCGCAGCUAUGCGAUUGUUUGCAUCAGACGAUCCUGAUUUAUGACUUGUAGAGGAAAGAUCCCUGACCCUUUCAUCCAGGCCAUCUAAUUUCCCCAACCACUUCUCAAGAGCUUCGAUCCUCUGAGUGUUGCUCACCAUAGUGUGUUUUUCCAAGCUCUUUCUAACCUGGUUCUGAUACCAACUGUCACGGGCCGGCUAUUUGGGUACUCCAACUAGAUGGAACGUUCGGCACUUGCAGACUCUUCAAGCUAGCAAGUCAGCCUACAACACACACCUACAGGCAAACAAACUCAGUGGUUAGCCACAUACACAUCUCAGACAUGCAACGGGCAAUAACGAAGUAUGAGCAAGCACAAAGCAAGUCAUUCCUAGGAACGUCCACACAACACAAAGCACACAACAGGGCAAGUGGCACGCAAUGGCCCAACAAAGACAAUAAACAAGUAACACAUAGGAAACAAGGAAGCACACAGGGACAAGUAUGGAUAAAUAUUAUUUUAUUAAUAUAUAGCCUUGAUAGGGCAAGGGAGUACACAGCUUUGGCCCCUAUCUGCUGAUGGCCAUGGUGCUUCCCUAAGUCACCAGGUCACCUCCCCCUAAGGAGCCUUCGAGGGAAAUAAAGUCUUCCCAGGAACAUAUAUGAUUUUUGUUUGGGAGACAUAUGCAAUAUUACAAAACUACCACUACCCUAUCCCAUGAGGUUUCUUGGUGCAAGACUUGACUAAUGAUCAAGCACCAAGGCAUGCUCACUUACAAAAUGGCCCUAUGUGGGUGUGCCAAAGGGGCAGCACGCCACACUGCUCCCCCCGCCCCAACAGGAAAGGGAAAAAAGAAAGCCACCGAACCUCUCGAGCCCCUCGACGAAUCCUCGGAUGAGAAUGGUACUGAUCUCUCGCUCUUAGAUAGUUUGCCAAUUCCCCGUCACUUAUUUUACGGGGACGACAAUUUUAAGUACGCUCCCAAUUUAGAUUCAGACUUCUUCAUGUAGCGACCAGUAAUGAUAACUCGGACAUGGACUCUGAGAAUGUGCUCGACAUAUACAGUGCCCCCGAGGCUCCUGAAGCUCCCUUGAGCAAGCAGAAAACGAGCAAGAGGCAUCCCGGGGAAAGAAGUAAAGGGCCUCAAGCCAAGAAAACUCGUACUGCAAGCCCUCCAGCAGACGGACCCUCAGCAAAUGUAACACCACCUCCUUCUCCUCUCGAGCAGCAAACUCCCCCUACUCCUGUUGGGUUGACACCUUCUCCACCGACCCCAACCGACCAGACUCAGCAGGCUGCUCCUACUUCCACGGGGGGCGACAUAUUGAGUCGCGCCUUGAGAUCGGUGAAAGACAGGGUGGCCAAAAUUUUGAAGCACGAACGUUGCCGAGAGGCGAUGGCUUCGACGGAGACGAUAGACGUCGACCAGAUCUUAACCCGCGCAUUGAAUGAGUUUGCUAGUGCAAUGCUGACCCUUACUGCCGGUCGGCUUCGCUCAGGUGUUGUCACCGAGCAGUCCAGGACUUUAGAGCAAUGGCACACUGAAGAACUCAAAGCUGCUGAAGUGAAAUACGCUGAACAACUUAAGGCAGUGCUCGAGGAGAAGAACAAACUGGCUGAGGAGUUAAGGGAGAAGCAAACUGCUCUAGACAAGGUCGUCGAGCGAAGAGACAAUUUCAAGGAGUCUAACCACGUCAACUAUUGCGAGGCUAAAAAGCAUGAGCAUGAAUUGAUUGUGAGCAGACAAGAGACUACAACCUUGGAGGGCCGGAUCGAGAAGCUUGAAAAAGCCAACGCCAGUAAUUUGGAAAGGUACAAGAACGCCAUGGUUAAGUGUUUCUAUUAAUUUUGGAAACAAAACCAAGAGGCUGAUUUCAGCUACCUUCCCGAGCAUGCAAGGCAUGCUGAGAUAGCUCGUUGCGUUGCUUGAUUGGCAGAAGAAGAGAGGGAAAGGGUACCUGCCUCGCUCGAAAUCUCCUUGGCCACUGGCGUGGACGGGGCGGACAAUGAAGGUACAACUGUCGUCGACCAAGGCACCCCUCAAGAUCCUCCAGCCUCGUAGUUUGCUAUUUUUCUUUCUCUUUAAUUUUUCAAGUACACGGCCUAUGGGUCGUGAUGUAAAGACACUUAUUUUCCAGUUGAAUAUUUAUUGCUGCACGGGCAGCUUUUACUUUUAAUUGAACAAUUACAUCCGAGCAGCAACUGCUCGCGGUGUAAUAGGAUACAUUUUGA